AUGUCCGUUAUCAGAAACACGCUCAGAACUAAUGUUGCCGGUAGUGCGCGCUCCUUUAGUAUUACAAACAGGUCUGCUGCGCUCAUGGACUUUUUGCCAUUCGUCAACAAAUCCAAAACCGCCGAGCAGCCGUUGCCUAGCGAAGCCACCUCUGAGGAGGUUAAAAAGGAGGUGUUGAAGAACCAGAAGCCAAAGGUGCUUGGCGCUCAUGUUAAAGACUUGUCCUGGAAAAAGAAGAUGAACGGCUUCACAGUUUCCCCCUGGAUCGCUGCUGAGACACAGAAGCAGGCCGACCAAACCAAAUUGCCAGAAGAGGAGAUCCACCAGGUGUUGACCACAGUAUACGCUGAAGUCACACUGGCUCCAGCCGUCUCCAUCGAAGAGUUGCUUGCCGUCAGCUUGGACGACCUUACUCUCCGUUUCCAGGUCACGAAAAAGUUCCAGGAAGCCACCGGUUUCACAUUGAGAGACUACCAGUUAACUCAGGUCAGGAACAUCCAGGACUUGAAGAACUUGUACUACACGUUUGUCAAGCUCAGAAACGAAAAGUUGCCUAACGCCAUCUACUUGGAGAGCAGCGACUUUGCCAACACCAACGUCUACAUUGAUGCCAAUGUUACCGACGCUGUCCAGGCCAAGAAGUUGAAGGAUUUGGUCAAGAAAGCCGAAAAGAUCGCGAAGGACGAGUUUGACCAGUUUGUUGAGAAGUCCAAGGCCUAA